AUUAAUUUAUUUAUAUCUAUCUGAAUGUUGAUAUUUCGGUCGUGCGGCGGCAAGUACGCAUCGGUUUUUUCGUCUCUUCUGAUACCCGAUGCAACCGAAACAAAAACAACAGAUACGAUUUGAAAGGCGUCCGUAACAUCGUAACAAACGUGACCAAUUUCACCUUUAUUGUUCGCCGGCGCACGCGGCAAUGUUUGUGUGACGACUCGCGAUCGAAUUGCGCGAUCGAACACCACGAUUUAAAUCGGAAACUUAAUGAAUUUAUGGAUGUCACCAUCAUGUCCGUUGGUGAUAGUCCAGUAAUACAUUGUACUUGUAUUCAUAAGCACAACAAUUGUGUGUGCGACACACGACAUCACGAGAAAAACGCACUGAAAACUCUUUAAAACACUUUUUUUAACUAUAAAAUAAAAUUUUAAUUAUUAUUGUGAUUAAACUAGCAGUAAGCGAAAGAAAAUGGCUGCUUUCUACUACAAAUACGCGACUGUUAUAAUUCUAGUGCCUUUAAUGCUAAGCGUAGUGAACAGCAUCGGAUUAGGAAAUUGCCCACGUCAACCGUUCAUCAGGGACUUUAACAUGUCAAGAUUCUUCGGACAUUGGUAUGAAGUCGAACGAAGUUUUCACCUCAUGGAGUUGCUUUCCACGUGCACCACAAUCGACUUGCAACAAUUAAACCGCAAGCAAACAAACGUAUCGGUUACAAUACUCAAUCGCUGGACCGGCGCCACCAACAACGUUGAAGGUGUGGCGACAGUGUCACGGCGUGCAUCUUCACUCUUCCUGCAUCGGCGGACAUCUUUAUGGCCCAACGCAGUCGCCAAAUGGUUACCAGGUUUCGGUUACUAUCAAGUACUCAAUACUGAUUAUGACAACUACGCCAUCAUCUGGACAUGUACAAGUACACUACUCGGUGUAGGAUAUCAUGAUUUAAUAUGGAUAUUUGGCCGGCAAUUGGAUCUCGACGCACAUUCCCGCAUGCAAGUUUAUGAAAUCCUGAAAACGCGCAAUAUUGACGUCGAUCGCUUCACAUUAACAAACAAAAACUGCACGGAUGACAUGGCGACCACAUAGGACUAGGACAAUAUACACUACUAACAAUGUUAGUUAGCUUAUAUAUGUUAAUAAAUUAAUUUUAAUUUA